AUGGAUGGUAACGUAGAAACUGUAUUUGCCCAACACCAUAAAAGAUGUAAAACACAUGAACAGAACAGAAGAAGAACAUAGUGCCAGAAUGAAGUCUCUUGCCCCCUUUUCCUCUUCAUCUUUCACAUUUGCAUCUUCCCCACUUGAUAUCAAAAUCUUUCUACACAAAAAACCCCAAUUGAAUCUCAUUCUCAACCCAAAAACCCUCAACCCCACCUCAAUUUCCUGCAAAACUACCCAAAAUGAGAUCGAUGAAACACCAAAAAGCCCAACAACCCACAAAAUGGAGGAUUACAACACUGCCAUGAAGAGGAUGAUGAGAAACCCUUAUGAGUAUCACCAUGAUCUUGGCAUGAAUUAUAAUCUGAUAACAGACGAUCUGAUUGUCGGUUCUCAACCUCAAAAGCCGGAAGAUAUCGACCAUCUUAAAGAGGAACAAAACGUUGCAUACAUUCUUAACUUGCAGCAAGACGGCGAUAUUGCAUAUUGGGGAAUAGAUUUAGAGCCGAUUGUCAAAAGAUGCAAACAACUUGGAAUACGCCACAUGAGAAGGCCUGCAAGAGAUUUUGAUCCUGAUUCGUUAAGGAGCAUGUUACCGAAAGCUGUUUCUUCACUCGAAUGGGCUAUUUCGGAAGGAAAAGGAAGAGUGUAUGUACAUUGUACAGCGGGUUUAGGUCGAGCUCCAGCUGUCGCCAUUGCUUACAUGUUCUGGUUUUCCGACAUGGAUUUGAAUACAUCAUACGAGACACUAACUGCGAAAAGACCGUGUGGGCCAAAUAAAAAGGCGAUAAGAGCCGCAACUUAUGAUCUGGCUAAAAACGACCCUGGAAAAGAGCCGUUUGAGAGUCUUCCGGAAAACGCCUUUGAGAAUGUGGCGGAUUGGGAGCGGAAAUUGAUCCAGGAACGUGUUCGUCAUCUUCGUGGAACUUGAGCAUCGUUAUUACUUAUUAGUUAUAGAAUGACAAUCGAUCGUGAGUUUAUACAACAAAUAAGUCAACUCACGAUAAAUAAAUAUCGUAUUUAUGCAUAUAGUUUCCUUAAUAAUGUUGUUAUCAUUGUAUUAUUCGGUAGAUUAUGGACCUUGUGUUUAAACA